GAAAUGGCCUUGUGUUUUCUCAAACUCAAGGUCGACGGGUAUUUUCACUUAAGCACCUUCCGUAUAUUGAAAUCUUCCACUGCAUGAACUUUGAGUAUACAAAUGGAGACCUUAUAUUACGGUCAACAAAUACCUCUUCAAAAUUCGAUAAAACUUUGGAUUCCUUAUGGACUCGCGCUUAUGAAUCCAACUACUUUCACUACAAAAUUGAUACAUCAUUGAGUUCAGUAAAGAAAAUUUGCUCUGGAAAUGUAAAUAUUUUGAUUUUACCUAACAAUAAUCGAUUCAGCCAUCGGCGUAAACCACAACUAUUUAAAGGCAUAAAUGAUCAACUUUCAUCCGAAUCCUUCAAUUUUAAUAAAGUCCCCAAACAUGAAUUCUUGUUAAAUGUUUCUGAAAAGCAUGCCACAAAAUCAUGUUCUGUACUGAUAAAUAUCAGUCCGUUUUCAUAUUUACAUUCUCUUUUGGUUCCGGAAGUAGAAAAAUGCCACAAUCAGUUCCUCAGAAAAGACUCUUUUUACUCAGCAAUCAAGUGUUUUCUUUUGAGUAGCAACAGAUAUUUAUGUAUGGGCUUCAAUAGUCUGUUGGCUCAUGCUUCUGUAAACCACUUACAUUUCCACUUUUGGCAAUCACCAGAAUACUUACGAGCUAUGUCCACAGAUAUUAAAUUGAAAUAUGAAAAUCCAUUUUACUAUGAACUGGUUAAUCAUCCCGUAGAUAAUUUUGUUCUUGAAUUAACCGAUUUAACAGAAUUGGAUAGGUUUGUAAACUAUUUAUGGAUAGUAAUCUCAUCUUGUCAACACCUACAAAUUGCUCACAACGUGUUUGUAGCACGUUCUAAAUCCACUGGUUGUGUACGUGUUGUUGUCUGGCCGCGUUGCUCAGUUUUUGAAGUAAAGAACCUAUCUACAAUUGAUUCAGAACCCAGUUUUUAUGUGGCUGUUGCCGAACUCGCCGGAAUGAUGGUUGUUGCUAGUGAAGAUGUUGCCUCUACGUUGAACUUUGAUAAAGUAGAAUCCAUCUUGCUUAGCGAACGCCUACCCAGAAGCACCAUCCACGCACUCGGAUGCAAAGUAUCUGAAACUCUGAACACUCAACGAGCGUAACUUAUGUCAGAUUAACUUAUUUCGAGAAGUAUCCACAAACAAGCACCACUCACUCUUACCAUUUUGAAUCCAUUUACUGAACAAAUUUUGUUAUAUAAUGUAACUUUAGAGCUCGCUAAUUAAACCGUGAUCUGUUACUAUGAGGUGAUGUUUGUUUUACCUGCCGUUACUUUCAUUAAAUCCCCACUAUUGUAUAACCAAGAUAACUUUUCUUUCCAUAAAUUGUACUCAGCUGGACUUCUAAUGACAACUCCAUGCCCUGCUUAUCACCAUUUUUAACUAAAUACAUUUUUAGCAUGAGCAUUCUUUACCAAAUUUCGUUUAUAAGGAGACAAACACUAACAUCCUCUUAAGUAUGAGUAACCAUUAUUCCCUGUAGGAUGAGCACUGGAACAGUUGUAGGGAAUAUCAAUGGAGCAGUUAAGAGAAACGAUUUGACUGAAUUAAAUCGAUUUUCGUUGUUAUCCGUACGUCACAGUAUUAAUGCUACUGAGAUUUGCCUUGAUAGUUUUUCAGUUCUGACUAAAGGGAACCUAUAUAAAUCGUUAAUAUUACAGAUAAACACUAAGCCAUGAGACGCCAUUACAAAUCUCUGCUUGAACUUGGUUGCUCCAAUACCCCUUCAAAUCUAGAGAAAAUCCAAAAUGUCUACAAGGUUUCCCCCAGUCUUAUAGUACUUUGGAGACUGAGUCCUCCUCAAAAUCUGACUGAAAAACCCACCCGAAUCAGGCGAACAGCGAUCACAUUCCCUUUUUACGAACCACUUCAUAAGGGUGCGAUGGAAGUCGUCCAUAAUAUAUGUGAACG